AGUAUUGUGAAGUGGUUGGAGGAAAUGAGACAAACCCUUUAUCCCCUGUAAGUCUAUGAGAAUUUCCAGCAAUAGCCUGUGCUUGUAGCCCGAGUCUGGCUGGGUCUGCUUUAGUCUCAGCCACUUUAUGCAUCCAGGGAAUAUCAGGACUGGCAUUUAGCAAGGAAAUUACCUGCGCCCGGCACAGGCGGCAGUUACUCCAGGGAAGGAUUUGCCUUCUGCCGUCUCUUUCACUCCUGCAGCUUCAUAGAACUUAUAAGAGGAGCAAGAGAGAGAGAAGAAAGAAAGAGAAGGAGACACAGUGCCGAAGAAAUUGCUCUAUGAAACUGAGCCAAAGUCAACAAAUUACCAAGGAAUCCUACAAACACACUUCCCACGGCAGAGGGGUACAUACGCUCGGAAUGUUAUAGGAGAUGGAGCCUUCGUCGCUGAUCCAGCUUUUAUAACAGAGCAGCGACUGCCAGAGAAGAAGAAGGGAAGAGCUGCUGCCUUUUAUCCAGCAAGUAACGACCCUUCUAUGGAUGAGGCUUAUCAGCCUGUCACCAACCGCACUAUGGCACCCGUGGGUGAGAUGAACAGGGAGAUGGCAGUGCUCAGCAACAUCAUGGCAGCAUAUUCCUUUAUCACAGAAAAUCCAGAGAGAGCUGCAUUGUAUUUCGUAUCAGGAGUAUGCAUCGGGCUCAUUCUCACCCUGGUGGCGCUGGUAAUGAGGAUAUCCUGCCAGGCGGACUGUAAAAGGACCACUGUGAAGAAGGUUCCCAGGAGGCAGGACAGUGACAGUGACUCCAGCGAUAGCGACGAUGACUCCGACACCGCGUCAGACUUGUCAGCUAGGAGGCAUCGACGCUUUGAGAGAACUUUAAACAUGAACGUUUUUACCUCUGCCGAGGAGUUGGAGAGGGCACAGAGGCUUGAAGAACGGGAGCGCAUCAUCCGGGAAAUAUGGAUGAACGGGCAACCGGACAUCCCAGGAACAAGAAGUCUCAAUCGAUACUAUUAGCGAACAACCACAUUUCUCUGGGGUUAAUUUUCACAUUCUUCUGGUUUUCUUAAAUAAUCAGAUGGACCAAUGAAAAGAAGAGCUUGUGUUCACCUGGAAAACGAAUUAAGGGAACCGCCUGAAGGAUAUAUUAAAAGCUUCUCUAGGCAUUUCUCCAGGUUUUGCUUGAAGAAGGCCUAUUCUUUGUUGGACUUGAUGCUGAUAUACAGCAUAAUAUGCUAUGACAUAAUGGGGCCGUUUUACUGGCGUGGACAAUCGGACUCCCCAAAGCAGGAAACCUGCUACAAUUUAUGGGCAUUUUCAUGGAGGUGCAGAAAAGAGCUUUCCACCUCUGUGCUUACUGAUGGAACGUUAGAAACUAUGUAAGACUUUUGGAGUCUCUCCCAGCAUUUAAACUGACACCUCAGGGACUGAAAUACAAUAUUUGUGUGAGUGGGCCAGGAGUUUGGGAUUCUUGGAGUGCCACAAUAUGUGAUCUCUAUGCAGGGCAUUGGGUCGCCAAGGUUGGUUGGGCAUUGGGUCAGCAAGGUUGGAUUUAGGGUAGAGCAGAGAGGGCAUUUGCUAUGGGUGACUGCCUUCACAAAAAAUUGGAGAACAUCCAAAUGGCAUAUAUGCUUAUUAUUCAUCUUAGGGGUGUUGACCAUGUGACCCUUUGACUUUUGUCAAACUACACCUACCAGAAUCCCUAGAGAUGCUGGGUGUUUUGGUUAAGCAAGAGCUAGAGGGUAGCGGGUUGGACAUCCUUGAUGUACCCCAUUUUUUCUUUCAAACCUAGAAGGAGCCUCGUUCCUCCGACCCUGUGUGUCAGGCAGUAACAGCCUCAGAGAGGUUGAAUUUUUGUUUUCAUGUUUGUUUCAAAUAUAUAUAAAUAUCUAUUUUUGGAGAUAACUGCGCAGUGUUGUGCCUUAUUAAUUAUCUGUGUGUCCAGCCAUGUUUUCUCUAUGGAUAGCAGUGCACAGUUUUUUUUUUAUAUAAAUAUAUUUUAUGAGAGGGAAAAUCCAUUGUUUGUACUCUGAAGAAUAAAGAGACCAAAUGUGUCUGAAGAGCAGUGAAACAAAUAAA